UUUUCCCAUUACGCAGAGCUGCUUCCAAAGACCGAAGCCAAGAAGCCAAAAUGGCGGGAAGAAAGCGCUCGGUUCACUCUCCGAUUUCUAUCGGAAACUGUAACGUCGAAGUCGAAGGGGGGAGCGUGAUUUGUGAAUCAAAUGGAAAUUGCAUCUACUUGUCUGCAAAGAGCGAUGCAAAGAUCAGAAUCUCAGAAUGUGAAUCAAAAAACGAAAUGUCUGGGAGAUAUUACAGCAGGCAGCGAUCAAGAGAUAGUCUGCAAGACGAGGGUACGCGAAGGACGCUCAGUUGGGUAGAUCACACCUUUAUGCUCCUGAACCCAAAAGAUGUAGACAGUCGUAGUAAAUCUCUACUCCAGGAAGCGCUAAAAUUGUACAUGGAAGAGCUUCCUACGAUGAAUUAUGCUGCGAAUACAGGAAAGGCAUCCCGAUUUCUUGAAAGAUGUUUGUCCAAUGGGAAAUAUAGCACACUAAUAUUUUGUUCGAACUCGCAUGAGGGACCCAUGAAGGUGAUCGCUGCAGUCACAUUUCAAAUAAUUCCAGCUGAUACACAAUUUGUGGAGAUCCCUCUUGCUGCGGUUAGUUCAAAUUUUCAAAGGAAGGGGAUUGGUUGCAUGUUGUAUGAAGAAUUGAAAGAAAGGCUUGGAAGAGUUGGGAUUUCAACAUUAUUCUGCUGGGCUGAUAUGGAAUCUGUGCAAUUUUGGCUUAAACAGGGUUUCAUAACGGUAGGAGAAGUGGAUGGCAAAGGAAAAGCUCGAAAACUGCCAGUAAGAGCUAAUAUUAGGAGGGCAUUGUGCUUUCCUGGAGAUGCUACUCUGAUGGUUGCACAUCUUAAGAAGGAUAUUCAACUUUGGCAUUCAAAGAACAAUGUUUCCUUGUCAGAUACGAUAAAUACGAAUGAUGUUACUGAAAUUGCUUGCCAUGCUGAUGGAAGAUUGUUCUCUUCUUCUCGGUUAAGAGGAAAGAGGCUAGUAUGGGAAGCUUCUGUUUCCUCUUUGAAGUCAAAGAGAGUCAAAGGAAGCCAUGCACGUGAUGAUUCUUUUAGUUCUGAUCAAAAUUGCGAGCCUCUUAAUGAAGGAAUUUAUUCUUGCUUCAGCGAACACUCUUGUCGUCCGUUAUCGAAAGAAGUUCCUAAUUCUGCCACCUAUUCUCAAGGGGAAAGGUUAGCACAGGAAAAUGCUGGCUUAGGUUUUAAAGCAAAUUGCCCGAGAAUCAUGUUAAUGAAUAUUGCUGAUGAUGAUAAGAAAUCAAAGCUUACAACGAUUGUAGAGGAGCUUGGGGGCUCUGUAACAUCUAGUGGAAGCUCUUGCACGCAUGUAAUAACAGGGAAAGCAAGGCGGACAUUGAAUUUCUGUUUAUCUUUAUGCUCUGGGAAUUGGAUAGUUUCUGCCAAAUGGUUGAAAUCUAGCUUCCGAGAAGGCAAGUUCAUAGAUGAAUCUCAGUAUAUAUUGGAGGAUGAGGACUAUCUUUUGAAGUAUAAAUGUAAGCUCAGAGAUGCUGUUAUGAGAGCAAAAGCAAAUCCCCAUUCAUUACUAGUAGGAUAUCAACUCUGCCUUUCUAAGCAUAUCCAACCAUCCCUCAAAGACCUUGCAUCCAUCGUAUUAUCUGCUGGUGGCAGUGUGAUACAUGAUAUGCGACGAAUGAUUGAGCCAUCAAAGACCAUAUUUGUAGCCUGUGAGGAAGAAAUGGAGGAGGCUCUUUCUGCAGCCAAAAUGGGGGUGCGAACAUUCAGCAGUGAGUGGCUCAUGAACUGUGUUAUGAGACAGGAACUUGAUCUGGACGCUCAUCAAUUUGCAGAGUCCCUCUAGAACUCAAACUUCAGUGUAAAAAUCAAGUUUUUUUUUUGGGCCUUUUGUGCCAAAAUUAGUAGUAAUGGUAGAUUUUGUGCCCUGACUUUAGAGGCUGUCGAGUAGGUCUAGCUUGAUAGAAGCCAAAAAUUUCAAUCUGUUUAUGGUGUAUUAUUGAAUUUAUAAUUAAAUCGAAUUUCAUGGUGUUGACAUAUUAGAAG